CCGCCCUCACCUGUGAGGUGAGUUGGGUCUCGGGAAUCACCUUUCUUUCAAAAAGAGCAAUGAAAAAAACAUUGAUAUAAUGUACAUCAAUACAAGGACGUUUCCACGCUGGAAUCAUUAAAUGGAUGUGGCGACCAGAUGUUGAUGGGAUGACAAGAAUCAUGACCGCCAUCGAAGAUUGGAGUCCGGAGAUUGUGUCCGGAUGGAUAGAUCACAUCGGAUUUCCGGAGCAUGCCCGGAACUUUCUCGAAAAUUCAGUGUCUGGCUUGGAUCUGUUGGAUGUCAGCGACUCAAUUUUAGACGGGCUGGGUGUGCGGGACGUGGCCGAACGCCUCUACAUUUUGGAGCGGUUGGAGGAGCUCCUGGAGCGCUGGGAUACCCCGGAUCGGACCGGACCGCACCAUGAGGACGGGGCAGUGACACACGACCCGGACCAGCACAGCGGGACAGGGAGCAUUGAGCGCGGACGCAGUUCCUCCUUUCAUGAGGUGCGUGGCCUGCGGGGGGAGGGGGACAUGAGGCCCACGGCUGAGGAAACGUCCAGCAGCAGCAGCAGCAGCAGCAACACCGUGUUACAGCGCCUCCUGCAGGAGCAGAUGCGCUAUGGCGAUAGCAGGAACUACAUGUCCCAGCAGCCUCAGCAGCAGCAGCAGCAGCAGACGCAGGGCGGGGCGGGGGGGUACCCAGGGCCCGGCGGCCCAGGAGAGGACCACCCCAUGGUCCCGCACAUCGCCCGGCAGGAGCCGCAGGGCCAGGAGCUGCAGUCCGACGGGGGCCUGGAGAAACAGCUGAGCUCCCGCGGAGGGGGCGGGGCCGGGAGCGGCGGGGGCGGGGCAGGACCUGGGGGUGGGGGAGGGGGCGGUGGCCAGGGUCCCGAGGACCUGCCCACGUACGAGGAGGCGAAGGUGCAGUCGCAGUACUUUCGGGGGCCGCCCCAGCUGCCCCCCUCAGUGGGCGCGGCCUUCUACGUGACGGGGGUGAGUAACCCGAAGGUGCGGACGGAGGGGCGCGCGGCGGUGCAGCGGGUGAGCGGGGGGAAGGUGCACCAGGACGACGGGCUGAAGGACCUGAAGCAGGGCCACGUGCGCUCUCUCAGCGAGCGGCUCAUGCAGCUCUCGCUCGCCACCAGCGGCGUCAAGGCGCACGCCCCCGUCACCAGCGCCCCGCUGUCCCCCCAGCUGCCCCCCCCGGGGGACUACUACAAACCCGCGCAGCACCGCGGCCCCCCGCCCGACUACCCCUUCCGCCCCCCACCCAAACAGCAGCCGCUUCAGCAGCACCAGCAGGAGCUGGGACAUUACUACCCCCCCGACCCCCGCGCCAGCCAGCACAGCCAGCACAGCCAGCAUAGCCAGCACAGCCAGCACAGCCAGCACAGCCAGCACAGCCAGCACAGCCGCGGAGACCUGCCCCACGUGCGCUACCAGCCCCCCCCGGAGUACGGCUCCUUCAGGUCCAAUAAGGAGAGCUCAAGCCACUCCCACCGCCUCGCCCACCACCACAGCCCCACCUCCUCGGUCACGUCCGUGGGGUCCCUGUCCCGCGCCCAGUCCUCCACCCUCAGCAGCCUGAUGGGGGCGCACCACGCCCCCCCCAUGUCCCACCCGGGGGAGCCCUUCAUGAUGGGCCCCCGGAGCCCCCAAGGGCCCGGCUCACACAUGGGGGACCAGUUCAGCGGGGGCCCCAUGCACCCCCACCCCCAGCGCAGCCACGGCUUCCAGCCGGAACACUACAUGUCGGCCCCCAGGAGCCACGGCCACGCCCCCCCGCAGCAGCAGCAGCAGUACCCGCCCCCCCAUGCCCUGCAGGGGGAGCCCUACGUCAUGGUGGCCCGCGCCCAGCAGAUGGUGGAGAUGCUGUCCCAGGAGAACCACCUGCUCAAGCAGGAGAUGGAGAUCUGCUGUGACAAGGUGGCCAAGUAUCAGAAGCUGGAGACGGAGAUCCAGCUGGUCUCUGAGGCCUAUGAGAACCUGGUCAAGUCCUCCAGUAAGAGGGAGGCCCUGGAGAAAACCAUGAGGAACAAACUGGAGCUGGAGGUGCGCCGAUUACACGACUUCAACAGAGAUCUGCGAGAACGCAUGGAGACCGCUAACAAGCAGCUAGCCGCUAAAGAGUGCGAAGGGUCUGAAGACAACCGCAAGACCAUCUCUCAGCUUCUGGCUCAGAAUAAGGAGACGCAGCGGGAGAAGGAGACGUUGGAGAUCGAGCUGAACUCGCUCCGCUCCACAAACGAGGACCAGCGGCGGCACAUCGAGAUCCGGGACCAGGCUCUGAACAACGCGCAGGCCAAAGUGGUCAAACUGGAGGAGGAGCUGAAGAAGAAGCAGGUGUACGUGGAGAAGGUGGAGCGCAUGCAGCAGGCUCUUGCUCAGCUACAGGCUGCCUGUGAGAAGAGAGAACAGCUGGAGCACAGACUGCGUACACGCCUGGAGAGAGAGCUGGAGUCACUGCGCAUGCAGCAGCGGCAGGGCGGGGCCCAGGGCUCCAGCGUUCCCGAGUACAACACGUCAGCGCUGAUGGAGCAGCUUCGGGAGAAGGAGGAGCGUAUCCUGGCUCUGGAGGCCGACAUGACCAAGUGGGAGCAGAAGUACCUGGAGGAGAGCGUCAUGCGCCAGUUUGCCCUGGACGCUGCCGCCUCCGUCGCCACGCAGAGGGACACCUCUGUGGGCAGCAGCCACUCCCCCAGCAGCAGCUAUGACACGUCGGUGGAGGCGCGUAUCCAGAAGGAGGAGGAGGAAAUCCUCAUGGCCAACCGCCGCUGCCUGGACAUGGAGAGCAGGAUCAAGAACCUGCAUGCGCAGAUCAUCGAGAAGGACGCCAUGAUCAAAGUGCUGCAUCAGCGCUCGCGGAAGGAGCCCAAGGCCGACGCCCCGGCCGCCAUGCGGCCGUCUAAGUCGCUGAUGUCCAUUGCCAACGCCGGCGGCUCGGGGCUGCUCUCGCACACGCUCGGGCUGAGCGGCAGCCCCAUCACCGAGGAGCGCAAGGACGACCGCAGCUGGAAGGGCAGCCUGGGCAUUCUGCUGGGCCCAGAGUACCGCAUGGACUCUCUGCGUACGGAGUCCAUCUCCUCGUCCCCCUCGCCGGUCCUGCCCUCCACCCCCAUGGCGGCAGGACACUCCAAAACAGGCAGCAGGGACAGCUGCACCCAGACGGAUAAGGGCCAGGAGCCCAGCAAGCCCGGCACCCCCGCCCUGCCCUCUGCCCCGGUCCCGACUCGCCUCACCAGCCCCAGCCCGGUCUACAUCCCGGACCGCAUCGCAGAUGUUCCUGCAUUCCACAACAGUACCCUGGAAAGGAGGGCACCCGUGCAGCCGCAGUCGCAGCCACUUGCGCAGACGCAGCCGACGCAGUCCCUGUCGCAGUCUCUGUCGCAGUCUCUGUCUCAGUCUCUGUCACAGUCUCUGUCCCAGUCCUUGUCCCAGUCUCUGUCUCAGUCCCUAUCGCAGCAGGAAGUGGACAGUGAGAUGGUGGAGAUCCUCAUUUAGAGCCCUUCCUCACCAGUGCAUUCAGAGACAACACACAGACACUGUCCCACGCGGGUGAAGGAUCUUCCUCUCUGUCCUCCCCCCCCCCCCCCCCACCCCAUUUUUGUGUGAGUGUCUGGGUGUGAGUGAGCGUGUGUUUAAACACACUCCCCAUAAUGAGCAGGGCUGGUGCUGUCCCUCUGAAACAGACUGUGCAGAACUGGAGCCCCUUCUCCCUGCCCACUGGACCAAAUCUCUUAGCUUCCUUUUUCAUUUAUUGCACUAAGUCUUUUAAAAAAAAUUUUUUUUUACUACAAGUGUUUAAGUUUUAUUUUCUGUCUGUCUUAGGUAUCCUAUUUAUAAGUAGUUUAUAUUUACUCAUCUUAAACGUGGCACUUGGGUAGUUUGUGUAGGAAUUGUAAAUCGCAAAAUCAUUCUAAACCUGUAAAUACUGUAUGAUGAUACUGUAAGGCAGGUUCUUUCUCUGUGUUUUUUUAACCCCUUGUACACUACGAUUGAGCUGAAUCGCUCUGUAACUUGGCCCUGCCAGAGAGGAGCAGGAUGCACUGUAAAAUACUGUUGGGCUGAAAGCUUUGAUUUAAAAGUGGGAAUCAUUUCUGACUGUGGACGGGGUGUAAUUUUGGGGGACCCCACUGGUUUGGGGUGUCCUGCAUGCUGUAGAUUAGUGUUAAGCACACGCUCCCCUGGAGUGCUUUUUUUGGGCUUUGGGGUAAACAGAACAUUUCCGCGGGGAGGGGGGGGGGGGGGGGGGUUGAGGAUUGCCACGCUCCAGCCUUGAGGCCCGACGGUCCCCUGUGUCUGCAGUGCUCAUGAGAUACAGCUGCAUGUGUGUAACACGCGUGUGCUGAGGCACCCUGUCCCUGUGAGCUGUGUUUACGGGGGAAGAGGACAGUGUGUGUUUGUAACUGAAGCUCAGUGGCUCAUGAUCACACCGUGUGGAGCAGGAGCGCGACCCACAGCUUCUCAGUACACCGUCUGAGACCCCGUAGUGUCACUGGCCCCUGUACACGCAUGUCACAGCCAGUGAGCAGCAUUAGCACAGGUUCUGUACAGGAGUAUUAGCACAGGUUCUGUACAGCAGCAUCAGCACAGGUUACAGAAGCAUUAGCACAGGUUACAGAAGCAUUAGCGCAGGUUCUGUACAGCAGCAUCAGCACAGGUUACAGAAGCAUUAGCACAGGUUACAGAAGCAUUAGCGCAGGUUCUGUGCAGCAGAAUUAGCACAGGUUACAGAAGCAUUAGCGCAGGUUCUGUGCAGCAGAAUUAGCACAGGUUCUGUACAGCAGCAUUAGCACAGGUUACAGAAGCAUUAGCGCAGGUUCUGUGCAGCAGAAUUAGCACAGGUUCUGUACAGAAGCAUUAGCACAGGUUACAGCAGCAUUAGCACAGGUUCUGUACAGCACAGGUAGUCACAGGUCUGUUCCCAGAGCUCUUUAGCUGUGCUGCAAAAGGCUUGACGUUGCUCGGUUGACCCAGCGUACAGUAACUGGGUCAAACGCAGGAUUCUAACUGUGCGUCCGGACGGAAGCCCAGGCCCUAACUGCGUUAGCAGGCCGAGUGCUAAAGGUCUUCACAUCUCCGCUGAAAUCGGUACUUUCUGCAUUUCAAGGACAGGUCCCUAACACAGUCACCGUUUUUUAAAAGAUGCGAGGGGCGGAGUGCCUGUUAGGGCGCGGGACAAUCAGCCUGGAGAUACACGCCCAGGAUUCUCUCACGGGACACGUUACAGACCUCCCGUCAGGCCGUGUGUUUACCCUCAGCCUCUCCAGUAAAGGUCUGAUUCUGUGUUUAUGCAGAGAGAUCAAGAUCGAUGAAUGUUUGAGCUGCAGAGUGAGUAUCGAUCUGGAGGACGUGGUCGUCAGAGUAAAGUGAUAUGCAUUUCCACACCCGUGACCGAUGGGCAGACUGGUCAUGCUUGGUGUCAUAUGACCCGUGUAAAGUAACGCGUGUGCUGCGUCACGUGUCCCUCCUAUUCCCGGACGAGGGCAAGCGUGUGCGUGGAAUGUGAAUGUAUUUCAGCCGAUGGAUGUAGCGUUACGUCGCCACUCUGAAGUCUCGGUUCCUCGCACUCUGCAUAAGAGCCAGACGCAGCGUUUACUCCCAAAGUGCCUUUUGACCUUGAAGUCUCAUUUCAUGUCCUGCGCUGCUCAAAACCCGCAUUUUCAGAUGGUCAGUGCUGAGCAUUUCACUUACAUGUCCGGUGGAAAUUCCAGUCCCAUGAACUCACAUGCACACAAACCUUUUUUUCCAGACAAAUCAGCACAAUAGUAAAAUUACAGGAAAAUGAACAAGUUUACUAAAUCUGUGUUUUACAUAAAGUGUAAUUCCGCUGAAAUGUAUUUUAUUUUCAGUAUUGACAAAAAUGACAGAGUUCAUUUUUUAACAAAAAAAAAGUAAAUUUCUAAGUAUUCCGUGUCUACAGUAGACAUGCUGCUUUGUAUGUUUAUUACCGAGCGAUUGUGGUCCAUUUUAAUACAGAAAUAUUCUCUUCAGUCAGACUGCAUUUCAUGUUUCAAAAUUCAUCUCAUGCAGUUCUUACUUGUAUCUUUUUAAAAAAAAAAAAACUA